AGGCAGCAGCUUGCAACAUGGAUAGGUUCAGUGCUACCAUUUCAGACUUGAAGAAGAAAAGGAGAAGGAUGAAUGGUUGUAUUUCCCCCACUCUCUAUGAGAUUAAGUUUAAUGAAUUUGUCCUUUUCAUCUUGGAGAAGAAAAUGGGAACAACACGGAGGGCAUUCCUGAUGGAGCUGGCAAGAAGAAAAGGUUUCAGGGUUGAAAGCGAGUUAAGUGAGUCUGUCACUCAUAUCGUGGCAGAAAACAAUUCCUGCUCAGAUGUUUUGGAAUGGCUAGCGGUACAGAAUGUAGGGGACAGCUCUCGGUUCGAACUCCUUGAUAUUUCCUGGCUAACAGAAUGUAUGAAAGUGGGAAAACCUGUGGAAGCAAUAGGAAAGCAUCAACUGAUGAGAGGAAAUUGUUUAACCAACUCAGCCCCCAUCAACUGUAUGACAGAGACUCCAUCGCUUGCUACCAAGCAAGUCUCCCAGUAUGCCUGUGAAAGAAGAACAACUUUAAACAACUGUAACCAAAAAUUUACGGAUGCCUUUGAAAUACUGGCCAAAGACUUUGAAUUUAGAGAAAAUGAGGGAAUCUGCCUGGCAUUUAUGAGAGCCAUUUCAGUGCUGAAAUGCCUUCCAUUCACUAUUGUCAGAAUGAAAGAUAUAGAAGGGGUGCCAUGGCUGGGAGACCAGGUGAAAAGUAUCAUUGAGGAGAUUAUUGAAGAUGGAGAAAGUUCCAGUGUUAAAGCUGUAUUAAAUGAUGAACGAUAUAGAUCGUUCCAACUGUUCACUUCUGUCUUCGGAGUGGGACUGAAGACAUCUGAGAAAUGGUAUCGAAGGGGCUUCCGAACUCUGGAUGAGGUCAAAGCUGACAACAGCCUGAAGCUUACCAAAAUGCAGAAAGCGGGAUUCCUUUACUAUGAAGAUCUUGUUAGCUGUGUGGCUAAGGAAGAAGCAGAUGCCGUCUACCUGAUAGUUAAAGAGGCGGUUCGGGCAUUCUUGCCAGAAGCUUUGGUGACCCUAACCGGAGGUUUUAGGAGGGGUAAGAAAAUUGGACACGAUGUGGAUUUCUUGAUUUCCGAUCCAGAAUCAGGACAAGAUGAACAACUUUUACCUAAUAUCAUUAAAUUAUGGGAAAAACAGGAAUUACUCUUAUACUAUGACCUUGUAGAGUCAACAUUUGAAAAAACCAAAAUUCCAAGUAGAAAAGUUGAUGCUAUGGAUCAUUUUCAGAAAUGCUUUCUAAUUUUAAAAUUGCAUCAUCAAAAAGUGGACAGCGGCAGAUAUAAACCUCCUCCAGAAUCCAAGAACCACGAAGCAAAAAACUGGAAGGCAAUCCGUGUGGAUCUGGUCAUGUGUCCAUUUGAGCAAUACGCUUAUGCUCUGUUAGGCUGGACUGGCUCCAGGCAGUUUGAACGUGACUUACGGAGGUAUGCCACCCAUGAGAAGAAGAUGAUGCUGGAUAAUCAUGCCUUAUAUGACAAAACUAAGAAGAUUUUUCUCAAAGCGGAAAGUGAAGAAGAUAUUUUUACACAUCUGGGAUUGGAUUAUAUUGAACCAUGGGAAAGAAAUGCAUAGUAGACUAUAGUUAACAUUUUCUGAUAUUACACAAAUUUGGUUUAUUUUUGUUACUCAAUUUUUGCGCUUGCGGAUGAUAGUAAUAGAUAUCUAAAAAGCAUAUAAUUUUUUUCAAGAAGACAAUUAGAUUAAAAAAUUCUCAUUUAGUGCAAACCACAUACCAUUUAGAGCUCGUUAAUAAUUCUUAUAUCCCAAAUAGAGUGUUGUUGUACAUGUGGUCAAAAGCAUUUUACCUCCUAGUAUCUUUAAGAAUUAAUCAAUAGUAUUUACUGAACUCUUACUGUGUGCAGAGUACCUUAGAAAGCGCUUACAAUAGAAUUAAUAGACAUGAUACAAGCUAGCAGGUAAGAGGAAUUAAUACAGUUUAAAGACAUGUACAUGAAUAUAUUUGAACAUGCAUUUAAUAAUUACUAUUCCUCCUGAAGCAGU